AUGGAGGAUUGGUUGCAAAGCAGAACAAAGCAGCUAAAUGAGGAGUUUUUGCAGCGAGGGACUGCUGUCUUGGGAUCCAACUUCUCUGAAGUACUCUCACGACUCCGUCAGAUCUUUCGGCCUGGUCGAUGGAUGUUCUUAUCCGACCCACGAGUGGAAGGUGAUUUGAUUGGCCUUUUGGAAGACUCCAUUCCUCGGCAUGUGCUCAGCAUUUCAUCCUUGACCAAAUUCCUGGAACUGGUUGGCUCCAGCGGCGGGGAGGACUUCCACAUCUACAAUGACAUCGUCCGACUGCCACCCCUCACGUCGCCGCCUUGCUUGGGGCCAAAGGACCUCACCGAAUCGACGCUGCUGGAGGUCUUGAAGCGCUUGCCGGGCUUCCCACCCUUGCUGCGCACCGAGGGUCGCUACCGCUUCGGCCGCGUGGAGGUGGUCUUUCAGCUGACUGGCACGGAUCUGGCGGCACAGGUACUCUCUGCACCACAGCCCGUGCCAGAGGUGCUCCGGGCACUGGACUUCUUCCUCCAGUUCGGUCCACAGGAAUUCCCCAACGCCGCCGCGGAAGCGGUGCAGGCUUCGGAUGCAGGACAUCUCUGUCCAACCACGCAGAUUCAAGAUCUCAAUGCCUCCACCUUUCCAACAGGGACACUGCCAAUGUCAACAUCGCCACUGACCGCAGUUCCACCACUUGGAUCAGUUCCACCACGCACAGUUCCACCUCUGGGGACGCCGCUCCAGGGUGCCGGAUUUCCUGCGCCAAUGCCGCCCAUGGCCCUGGGCAUGGGCACCAUGGGAGGUGUGGGCAUGGCGGUGGCGACACCGGCGCCGGUGUUCGGCCGGCCCAAGUUUGGCAUCGAUGAUGACGAGAUCUAG